AAUUGGCGUUAUUUAUCUACAGCAUUCUCAGAUAGAAUGAUUCUUAUAGCUGACGUCAUAAUAUUUUAAAAUUUUUUUUAGUAGUGAAGGCUGGAAUCUUAGUUUUAAAAGUUGAAAGUCCAAAAUGGAAAAAGAAAACAAAUAAGUUAAUCAUCUAUGAUUAUUUAAAGUUCAUUUUUAGGUUAGCUUCGGAAUACGAAACAUUUGUAUCGAAACUUGGCAUUCAAAAUUCUGAGUAUCUCCGCACAUUUCAUUAAAGGACACUAAAAAAAAUUACUCAGUAUUACUGCAGCAUUUCACCUAGCUCAUUUAACUGCAACUUUUUUGAAGAAAAUAAAGAAAAUUGAAGAUGAGUUUAUUUUUUACUCUACAAGUUAUCAUUUUCCUGUCUUGCAGUAUACUUUGUGAAGUAUCGCGAAGUGCUAGCUUAGGAAUCGAAUCUACAAAAUGCAAAAGCUGUUCUCAAAGGAAAGCGGAACUUCCUGAAGAAGAUCUAAGAAAACUUAGACUAGAAUAUCUGAAACAGCAGAUUUUGAAGAAGCUACACUUGUCUGAACCUCCAAAGACAAAUUUAUCGAAGCCUUUUAAGAAACCUCUUCUUUUAAUUGCUGAAGCGGCAGAGAAUAACACUUUUAAGGCCGAUUGGUUAUCAUCGGAAAUGGAAAGCAUGAUUAUAUAUCCCAGGCCAGAAAAUAUUUCCUGUGGUAAAAACGACAUGUUUCCAUGCAUACGGUUUGACUUCCUCUUGAGUGGAAAUGUUGAUCUGGAAACAUUUACAUCUGCAGAAAUCUGGCUUUUCAAAACAGACAUAGAUAAAUCAAUCAGAGUUUAUGAAGCUGUUACAGAAGUUUCUGUAAAAGAUUUAAACACAAAUUUCUCUCUUCUAAAUAAGGAUAAAAGCAGAAGUGAAGAUCAUUGGAUUAAAUUCAAGAUACCAGUUUCCAGCUUUAGGGACAACUUUGGUAAAAAUCGCAUCCUCUCCAUUCAAGUCACUUAUGGUGAAAAUGUCACCAGUAAAGAAAGCCCAGUGUUACAGACUGGAAGUGAAAAACCUUUUGUAAUCAUACGCGGCUAUAACAAAGAAGUAUCCUACAGAAAUAGACGAAGUACUAGCAGCUGCGUAGAUGGUAGCACUUGCUGUCGGGAGAACUUUUACUUAAACUUUGCUGAAAUUGGUUGGGAUAAUUGGAUCCUUCACCCUGAGGGAUAUGAUGCGAAUUUUUGUAGAGGUAGAUGCUUUAACGAUUUAAGUAAUACACGAUUUUAUCAUAGUGCAGUUCUGCUGAGCUAUAUAAGAGAUAACAAAGAUAUAGCUGAAGAAAUAGGCCUUAAUAUGUGUUGUACGCCAUCUGCUAUGUCUCCUAUUUCAAUAAUCUAUCAAAACGAAGAAGGAAUAUUUUAUCACAAAAGCAUUGAGAAUAUGAAAGUUGAAUCUUGUGAUUGUGCAUGAGGAUUAAAUUCUCUGUUAAGCAUAAUAUGAUAGUUAUUUUUCCAGAUAUUUGAUUUAGAUAAAAUUAUUUAUUUUUAAUAUAAUAGCUUUGGAUUAUUAAAUAUUUUUGCAUUAA